AUGUUGGAAGGUCUAGUAGCUUGGAUACUAAACAAUUACCUUGGAAAAUAUGUAGAGAACUUGAAUACAGAUCAGUUGAGUGUUGCUCUUCUUUCCGGAAAGGUCGAGUUGGAAAACCUCCCCUUGAAAAAAGAUGCUCUCCGUCACCUUGGUCUACCUGUGGAGAUUAAAUCAGGUUUCAUAGGAAAGGUUCAGCUGCAGGUGCCUGUAACACAAAUUCGAUCUGUGCCCUGGCUAAUAGCUAUUGAGAAACUUUAUGUUGUUGUUGCUCCUGUAAAUUUAGAUGAGUGGGACAGUAAUGUUGAAGCAUUGAUAGCUCAUGAACGUAAAGUAUCUAUCCUGGAUGCGCUGGAAGCGCAGUGGCGAGCAGAACAUGAAGCCAACGACGCAGGUUAUUAUGCUGCAUCAUAUUCCUCAUGGCUUAACUUUGGUACUGGAUUGCUGGCUAACAUAGUAGAAAAUCUUCAGUUAAAAAUCAACGAUGUCCACAUCCGUUAUGAGGACACUUUAACAUAUCCAGGAAGAUCAUUUGCUUGCGGGUUCGCGGCCGAAUCACUGGGUGCAGAGUCCUGCGAUGCAAACUGGCAGCGUGGAUUCACGCCACUCUCCGAACCUUGUUCUUUCAAAUUGUUAGAACUGAACAACUUAGCACUUUACUGGGAUCCGAUGCCUGUGCCAGCGGCUAUGAUGGCAGAUUGUACCCUUGCAGAGCUUACAGAUCGAAUGUGUAGUACUUGGUCAGCGGCUCACCGGUUCAUAGUCCAUCCUGUGGGGGCUAAUGCACGCGUACGCAGAGAACGCUGUGAGCAACCGUUGAGAGACAGGUCGCGGCCACGCCUGGCUUGCCAUCUUACCCUUGAUGCUGUUCUGUUGAGACUUAGUUCUCGUCAAUACAGUGAGAUGUCUGGGUGCGCACGCGGCCUUGAACGCGUGGCUCGCGUUAGAGAAGCACGAGAAUUUCGACCUUUAGUACCUUUACAAGGCAACGCAAAGCUGUGGUGGCAGUACGCAGUUAAAGCUCACCUUCCUCACCAUUUGUGGAUGGAUCCAAAACCAACCUGGGAGACCUGUUUGACGCAGUCACGAGCCACUCUUAAGUACGUCGAAAUAUGUCUGAGUCUGUUGAUUAACCCAGCUUCAACGCUGUCACCUGAAGACAAACAAGCGAAGGAUGACUAUGAAUGGGCCAAUCCGCUCUCCGUGUUGAAGCUGCUAAGAGAGGUAGCGAUUCGUAAAAUUCCCGCGUCGGCCCCUACUGGCUCCGAGCAGUCUUCAUCGGGCCGGUCUGUCCUGGUGCGCUGGUUUCCGCAGUGGUGGGGGUGGUAUACGCCCGGACCGCCUGCGGCGGCCCGUCUCGAGCACGAGAUCCUGAAUGUUAUAGCGGAUUCUCUCGACGACAACACGCUUCUACGAAGGGAUGCUCUCUUUGGCCUCUUCGAAUUUACGCUGAACACGGGGUCAUUCGAUUUGUACACAGAAGCAGACGACGAUAUAAGUACACCUGACGCCGACAGUGUCGGUGUUGAGCUGCAGUUUAGUUCAGUGCGCGUUCGAGUCGAGUCGCGACCCCGCGCAGGCGCACUCGCACUGCACGCCUCGUUGGGCGCCGUGUGUCUGCGCGACCAUGUUAAUCCUCGCACACUCUUCCCGGUCCUCGUGGCCCCCCAGGGUAUGAUACGCGAAGGCUUAAGCGCUAUGAACCCGGCGUCGAGUGCAGCUACAUGGUGGAAGGCGCACCAAGCGCCCGCGCAGCCGUCACCGCUACCUGAUACGAACAACGGCGCCGAAAAGGAGCCCCUAUUUCAGCUGACAUAUGAGAAAAAACCGCUUGGACUCAACUGUGAUCACAAACUACGCGUGAAAUCUAGAUCGGUGGAGGUCGUGUGGUGCUUAGAGGUAGCGCGAUGGGCCCAGCGGUGGGCGGCGCUCGGGGGCGCCGGCCCAGGCCGUGCCAUUGCACAAGUACGCGAUCAGACGCGCGCUACUAUCAUGAGCCAAUACGAGAAGUUACUGCACGCCAAGAGAACGCCGAAUGACCGGCGAUCGUGGAGCGUGGAACUAGAUAUAUCAGCUCCACAACUUCUAUUCGUUGAGGAUUUGUGUGAUCGCGAUGCAUCCGUGCUCGUGGUGGACUUCGGUAGACUGAGGUUAGCGAACGCCAAUCUCGUGGAAGAAGAGCCCAAACCGCAAGUACUGGACGAAGAUGAAGAAACAUUUAUGACGCCCUGCUCGACUCCGCCGGGCAGUUUACUGUCACCCGGUUCACCACCCGACCUGCCCAACAACGCGCCACGACCCCUCGAUCCAGCGCACUUGCACAUAAGCUUAUAUGACAGAUAUAAAAUUGAGCUGAGCGAUCUUCAAAUUAUGGUGGGUCGGGCACGUGAUAAUUGGAAGUAUGCUCACACGAAGGCCACUUCGGCGCUGCAUCUGCUGGAUAGAUUCAGCAUUUCCUUGCAGGCGGAGCGUCGCGUCGUCCAGACGAGUGACCCCCAAUAUCCAACGGCGGCUCUUUGUGGAUCGCUUCCGGCGCUCGUAGUUCAUCUCUCUGAGCACAAAUUAGCUGCACUGCGAGCCGUGCUGACCGCGCAGACUGCUCACGUGCACAAGCCUCAGCAACAUCUUCAGUCCCCAAAUCAAGAUGGGAAGUUUAAUGAAGACGAAGAAGAAGAAACCAGUAUUAGUUCUGAAACGGAGCAUUCUGAAUUCUCGACACAUAACAAUGCCACGCUGUUACUUCUGCAAUUCGCCAUCGAUCAGCUGUCACUUGAGGUGCAGUCUCGCGGGCGCAGUAUCGCCGAAGUGCAAGUGUGCGGCGUACGCGCAGCGGUCAGUGCACGGCCAUGUGACACGUCCGUAUCGCUCUCCGUGCACUCGCUGCUUCUAGUCGAUGCUCUGCAGACGUACGGUCCGGACUUCGAACUACUUGUUGCGAGCCAUAAACAUGUCGGAAUGGAUACCACAUCAGGCAGUAUCCGGGGAUCGGAGCCAACGUCUCCGACCUCCCCCGCGUCGCCUGAUAGCCGAGCACCGCCACCUGCGCCGUCGCCCCGAGACUUGCACCGUGCUUUGCACUCUUUACAUGACUCUUAUUUUCCCGAGGCUGGGCGCACAAGUCCUUCUACAAACUGGGCUAGCAGUGCAGGCACUAAGAAUACUUUCGGAGCUACGAGUUUUAACUGGGGCACCCAGAUCCCGACCAGUUGGAGCAGCAGUUGGGGCUGUGGCUGGGGAUCAGAAGGACCCGCCUGGGCGACACCUGGAAUUGUCGACUCGGAGGCCCUCAUCGCGGUCGAGUUGUGUUUGGUUAAAGGAGAAGGAGAUUCGGAAGAUUUAAGAAUUGCUAAUAUUCUGUUCAAUAAUUUGGAUGUUAUCGCAAAUCAGGAGACGAUAGUGGAGUUGAUAGGAUUCGUUCAUCGCGUGACAGGGGGUGCCCCCAAGCGCCCCCCGGCACCGCUCACCUCGCGACCGACACAUGCCUCAUUACUGUCUAUGCCGACUGUCGACGAUGAACUGAAGGUAGGUGUUCGGACAGAAAUAACGUUUGAUUUCCAUCGGCUGGGAGUACUACUGCUACGCGCUGCUGUUCGAGAGGGCGCUGUGGUCGCCAACAAGAUAGCGACUGCCACUCUCGGCGAUGCACGCAUCCAGGCCACAUUGCACGGAUCCAGGGUAGAGGUGAGUGGAUCGCUUGGCGGUGUACAGGUUGUUUCUUUAUCGGAGGGUGCAGGGGUCCACUCGCGCAUCCUGUCUGCCGGCCGACCGCCCCCCGCGCCCGCUCCCCUCGCCCCACUCGCCACACACAGGCAGCCGAAUACGCAGGCUAGUGAAGAGAAAGCGCUGUUUUUUAAUAUAACGAGAUACGUGGUGCAGCCUUUGAUAGAAGAUGAAGUGCCGGUGGUGGAGGUGAAAGUGCAAGUGCAGGUCGCAAGCGUUUGGUACACGCACUCGGGGCCGCUAUUGCGCGAGUUGCAGAGCUGUCUCACAGAGUUCAAGCAGUACCUCGCUAACCUAGCGCGCUCCAUCCGCGCUGCAGCCGCCGACAUGGCCAUCGGUCUUGUACAUCCACGCACGGAGUCCUUAUACGCGAAUCCGAAGCUAUCGCAGUCGAUGGACGGCGUGUCUCCGCGACGCCGAACUACGAGUCUCGGCUGUUCGCUCGACGAGCCCGACCGUGACUCGCAACAACUUAUUCUGAGAUUAAGAAGUACACUGAAAUCAGAAGAAAAAUACCUAAAAAAUGGAUACCCAGAAGAACAGUUCAAUACACUACUGCAAUCAGGAGUACCAAGUGAUUUGUCGAAAUUCAACUAA